CCACUUCAGGCACAGCUACUGUUGAUGGAAUGGACAGAUCAGCAGCUAAAUGCCCUGUCCCAAUGCUGCCUCCAAGUCUGCCACGUGUCUUUGACGACAAACUGCCAGGGGCGGCAGUAGAGGGAACCAACAAGUGUCCAGUUGCCAGUGAAACAACCAAUGAUGUGUCCACUCACCUCAAAGAGGACAUGGGAGCUGAUCAAAGCCCUCCUGACCCUGCAGCACUGCCUCCAAGCUCGCCAUGUAUCUGUGACUCUGACCACAAACUGACCAAGGAGGAAAAAGAGGAUGUACCCGAGUCCUCCCUUGCCACAGAGAUCGCUGUAGGCACAUCCAUUGUCCAGGGAGAGGACCUGGAUAAAAGCCCUGCUCCAAGGCUGCCUCCAAGCUUGUCACACGUUUUGGACAAUGACCAUAAGCAGCCAGAGGAGACGAUAGAGGAAGCCACUGAGUGCUCAGUCGCCGCAGAGGCAUCAGUUGCUAAUAGAGAGGAUCCAUCAGCAGCCACAGGUCUUCCCUUAGUGCUGCCUUCAAGCCUGCAACUUGUCUUUGACAAUGACUACAAACUACCAGAGGAGGCAGUAGAGGGCACCAGCAAGUGUCCAGUUGCCCGUGAAGCAGUCGCUUCCGUGUCCACUGUCCUCCAAGAGGAGUUUUUGGCUGAAAAAAGUCCUCCUGCACCCACAGCACUGUCUCUAAGGCUGCCCUGCACCCACAACAUUGACCACAAACAGCCAGAGGAGACCAUUGAGAACACCACAGAGUGCUCAGUUGACAUAGAGGAAAGUGCAGUUGCAUCCACUGUCAAGAGAGAGGAAAUGAUGGGUGAUAAAAGCCCUGUCCAUGCACUUCCUCCAAGCCUGGCAUGCAUCCAUGACAAGGACCACAAGCAGCCAGAUCAGAAAGGAAGGGGCACUACUGUGGAGGUGGAUAUCUGCCCUCACGCUCAACAGCUGGUCUCAGAUGCUAACUUAACUCUGGCAACCCGCAAUGAUGAGCUGCCCAACCCUCUGAUCUGCGUAGUCACUAAGAUGCCUGUUAGAGUUGGAGCAUCCAUAUGCAGGACAGAGGAUGAGGAACCCAGGCCCUGGACCCUGGAAGAGGCAAAGGAUCAUUGGAUAGGCAUUGAAAUUGAGAGUGAAGAGAGGAGCGUCACUGAGGAGGUGAGCCCGAGGGAGGGAUUGAAGAGUGAGGCGGAUUGUGCCCAUUCCAAGUGCUCUAUUGGGAAGGUUUCAACAGAGAGAGCAGAAACCAUCCUGGGAAGAGUGGGCUUUCUGCUCAUGAACCAAAUGCAGAAAAUCCCAUUUUUGAAGAUGGAGGAAAAAGAGAAAAAUAAGAAACUGAAUAAGAAGUUGAAAGAUGAAGAGAAAGAGAGAAAGGAGAUAAAACACAAGGAGGAGGAGCAAAAAAAGAGGGAGAAGAAAGAGAUGAAGGAGAGAGAGAAAGAGCAGAAGAAAGUCAUGAAGGCUGAGAAGAAGAGGGAGAAGUUAGAACAGAAAAAGAGAGAGAAGGAAAGAAAAGAGAAGGAAAAGGCAGAGAAAAAGAGGUUAGAGGGGCUGAUGAAGAUACAUAAUGACAUGAUGAAAGACAGAAUUAAGAAAGAGAAGAAGUGUUCUGAGGAGCUGAAAAAGAGAGAGAAAGCUCAAGCUGCAUUCUUGGAGAUGGAGAGAAAGAUUCAAGAAAAGGAGGAGAAGAAGAGAGAAAAGAUGAGGAGAGAGGAGAGGAAGAGACUGGAGGAGAAGAAAAAGAGGGAACCAGCUGGAGGUGGAACUGAGACGGUGAUAGAAGAGCAGGGAAGGGAUGAAAGCUUGAAGAUGGAUGAGUAGACUGGGUAAUAGAGAGUAGGGAGGGAGGGAUAUGGUAUUUUUGCAUGCAAUGAAAGAACGAAGCAUUUAAAAAUAAAAUAAAAAAUGUUUACUCUGUUUGAUUUUUGUUAAGGCAUACUGUACAACACUGUAUAAACACAAAAUGUUGACUUUUCACACAUCUGGGGAGUGUUUAAUGAUGAGGAGUUGAGGAAGAACAGGGGGGGAGUUGGAGGGUGGAGAGGAAUAUGAUACAGAGGAAUUUGAUAGAAGGAAUAUGAUAUUUUAUUUUAUUUCACUCGGCAUGUCAGUUCAGAACAAAUUCUUAUUUACAAUGACGGCCUACCAAAAGGCAAAAGGCCUC